UACCUUCGAUUUUUCCAGCAUCUGCAUUUGUUUCUUAAACAUACUGUCUUAGAAACACUUGCCUGCAUUUGGCCCAUAUCCCUCUCUUUUCCAAAGAGAGUUUGAUUUAGCUCAAUGGAAUAUGGAGAGAAAGCAGGAACAUGGUACUGAUUUUGGAUGAUCAGCCAUGAUCAUAUCGAAUGGUGGUGAUGGCUCGAAGGGCCGAAUGGCCUACUCCUGCACCUAUUUUCCAUGUUAAACCUUAGACAGACACAGAAUGCUGGAGUAACUCAGCGAGUCAGGCAGCAUCUUUCAUUUCAGUUAGUUUAGAGGUACAGUGCAGAAACAGGCCCUUCGGCCCACCGAGUCCAUGCCGUCCAGCGAUCCACGCACACUAACACCAUCCUACACACACUGGGGACAAUUUUUACACACACCCCAUCUCAAUGAAGUCCAUACAUAUUGCUGAAGUCAAUCACUGCCUCCUAAGCAUCAUGGGCAGUAUGGACAAGAUGGGCAGAAGGGCCUGUUCCCAAUCUGUUAAUAACAUCAUCGUCUAUUUACACGCUGGUUACACCUUUGGCCUGGAAUUUGAAGAGUUGUACUGAAGAACGGAAAAUCAUUUCUUUCAUCAUCUGAGCGGCUCAGAGGUCAAUGGACAAUGUACAGGAAGGAACUGCAGGCGCGGGUUUACGCUGGAGAUAGAUGCAAGAUGCUGGAGUAACUCAGCGGGACAGGCAGCAUUUCUGGAGAGAACGAAUGGUUGACUUUUCGGGGCAAGACUCUUCUUCAGACUGAGAGUCAGGGGAGAGGGAGAAGGGUGGGGUGUCUGAAGCAGGGUCUCGACCCGAGACAUCGCCCCACUCCUUAUCUCCAGAGAUGCUGCCUAUCCCGCUAAGUUCCUCCAUAGUUAAUGUAUAAUGUUCCACAUGGUCACCGAUACAGGAUCAUUAACCGACCACUUCGUUAAUUGUCAGUGUAGCUUCUCGACACAAGUAUUCUACACCAUGGCGUUUGAAGACUUGUUGGAGAUAGUUCGUGGCGUGGGGAGAUACCAGGUGAUCCACGUCUUGCUCCUGUCCUUCCCGAUUCUCUUCACAGCCAGCCACAACCUGCUGCAGAACUUUGUUGCAGCCGUCCCUGACCACCGCUGCCGUCUGGGUCUGGGUCUGGGCCACAAACUCAACGUGACAUGGGAGCCUCUGGUCGGGGACCUUGUGACCCUCUUUGUGCCCGUAGACCAGCAGGGGCGAGCGGACAAGUGCCGUCUCUACACCGAACCGCAGUGGCACCUCCUGUGGUCCAACGGUACGUGGGGUAACGGGAGCGGGGCGGAGACACAGCCGUGUACAGAUGGGUGGGAGUACGACCGCUCCCAGUUCAGUAACACCAUUGUCACCGAGUGGGACUUGGUGUGUGGACAGAAAGCUCUGAAGAGGAUAGCCCAGUCGAUCUACAUGGCUGGACUGCUGAUUGGAGCCAUUGUACUGGGCAGGCUCUCUGACAAGUAUGGGCGCCGUGCUUUACUGCUGUGGUCCAGCUUGCAGGUGGCUGCCGUGGGGACGUGCUGCAUGUUCUCCUCCUCCAUCGCCCUCUUCUACUUCUGGAGGUUCCUCAGCGGCAUGGCCAUCUCAGGGGUCAUCGCCAACACCUAUAUCUUUGCUGCUGAAUUGAUCCCAACUCGGGUCAGAACUGGGGUGAUUACAGCCCUGAACUAUGGCUACGUGUGCGGACAGUUGAUGUUGGCCGGAAUGGCGUUCCUUAUCCGAGACUGGCGCUGGCUUCAGUUCGCUGUGUCCGUGCCUUACUUUGUCAUCUUCCUCUACAUAUGGUGGUUGUCCGAGUCCCCGCGCUGGCUCAUCAUGAACAAGAAGGCUGAAGUCGCCCUCAAACAUCUGCGGCGGAUGGCCAGAAUAAACGGCAGGCAGGCUGAGGGGCAAAACCUCACCACUGAGAUUAUCAAAGCAAAGAUGGAAGAUGAACUGUCGGACACCAGAGACUCUCACAGUAUCCUAGAUCUCUUCCGGACUCCUGGAAUGUGCAGGAUUACCUGUUGCUCAAUGGUUGUUUGGUUUUCAGUGAGCUUCUCAUAUUACGGGUUGUCGAUUGACUUGCAAGGAUUUGGUGUUGAUAUCUACCUGAUCCAGGUCAUCUUUGGAGCUGUGGACAUCCCUGCAAAGUUCAUUGGUUACAUCUUGAUGAGUUACAUUGGCAGAAGGUUCACACAAAGCUCCUCCCUCAUCAUGGCCGGGUGCAUUAUAGUCACUAACAUCUUCCUCCCUCAAGAGAUGCAGACCAUACAGAUGUUGUUGGUCGCAGUAGGCAAGGGGUGCCUGGCAGCGGCCUUCAGCUGCGCCUUCCAGCACACUGCGGAACUCUUCCCGACCGUGGUUAGGCUGACAGGGAUGGGACUGGCAUGUAGCAUGGCUCGGGUCGGUGCCAUCGUGGCGCCCAUCGUAAGGAUGAUCGGUGACUACGUGCCCUUCUUGCCCAUGGCUAUAUACGGCGGGAUGGCCAUCGUGGCCGGACUGGCCGCCUGCUGCCUCCCGGAAACACGCAACAUGCCGCUGCCCGACACCAUCGCAGAGGUGGAACGCAGGGCAAAGAAACUCAAGAAGUCAGAAAAAGAAGAAAUCAUACUGCAGGAAACGCUGGUGAAACCAAGCGUUUAACCGGCCUCCUGCUGAACCCAGCACCAGCCUCUGCAGUCAAUUGUCUGGCAUUACCAACACGCUGUCAUGGACCAAGCAGGCUAAAGCAGCAGCUCUGCACAAGGCCGCAAGUUGUACACAUAGCCCAGUCCAUC